AUGGCCUUCCUUUCACCAGAUUUCCAGAUCGUCUCAGACCUUCACCUGGAAACGCCCAUCUCGAAGCCACAGUAUGAGACCUACAACCUGAAGAUUACAGCAAGCAAUCUUUUACUUCUGGGAGAUAUUGGCCUCGUCAAAGAUGACGGCCUCUUUACUUGGCUACGUCGAUGUCUAGAACAAAACUGUGGUACUCGAAUCUUCUUUGUCCUGGGCAAUCAUGAGCCCUACCAACUUACGCUGGACCUCGCGGUACAAAAGCUCAGAGCUUUCGAACACGUUGCAAAAACGCAAUAUGGGAGUCGCUUUAAAUUUUUACACCGCAACCGUUAUGACAUCAACAGGGACAUCACCAUCCUCGGCUGCACUCUCUGGACCUCGAUCCAACCCAGCCAAUCUGCAGAAAUCUGCAACAGAAUGACCGAUUUCAACGACGUUCGCGGUAUUCAAAAUUGGUCUCUGGAUAGCGCUUUGGAAGAGCACCGGAAAGAUUUAACCUGGCUUAAUGAACAGGUACUCGAGAUCGAAGCUUCAGAGCCGCAUCGCCGUAUAGUCGUUGCAACACAUCAUUGUCCCACCAUAGAUCUCCGGGCCAGCGAUCCUGCUCAUUACGGUAGCACAGUGAGCUCGGCUUUCACAUCUGAUCUAUCUCAUCAGCCUUGCUGGACAUCUGCAGCCGUGAAGAUGUGGGCGUUUGGUCAUACGCAUUAUAGCUGCAUAUUUCGCGACGAUCCGUCUGGCAAGAUUGUGAUUGCCAAUCAGAAGGGCUAUGACACUAGGAGGCUGGGCACCAAGGUCGUGGAAGUUAAAGAUGGUGAGUGGCGGCUGGCUUGUACGGAGAGCAAAGCGAGGAAUAGUAUGGAUCGCAUGGAACGGCCUGGGAUACGUCAGGUAGCGGAGACGAGGGGAGAGGAUUCUGAUCUAGUAGCAAGGAGGCCAUGUGCAGUGACAAAAGUACAGGGAAAAUUUCGACGCACGACCAAGAAAAUCUUCGCCUACUGUCACGGAUCUUAG